CAUUCUGUUUGACCAGCUUUUGAUCGCAGUGUCUCAAAGGUUGCCAUCGUACUCUGAGUUGGAGUGCUCCGAAGUCGGCUUAUUUAUUAAUUAUUACUACAUUUCGGACACAAAUAUACCACCAAUCGGAACCUUCUCUCUCUCGGAAAGCUUUGGGCUCCAUCGGCCGAUCAAAACCCUAACUCUCUCUUUCUAAACUCCGUUGCAAAUUGCAAUGGAAACUUCUAGGGUUUCUGAAAGGUAGUAGCGCAAUUCGGGAGCGAUGUCUCGGCAAAUGACGUCGUCGGCCUUCCACAAAUCCAAGACUCUCGACAAUAAAUAUAUGCUUGGAGAUGAGAUUGGGAAAGGAGCGUAUGGUCGAGUUUACAAGGGCUUGGAUUUGGACAAUGGAGACUUUGUUGCAAUUAAACAAGUUUCAUUGGAGAAUAUUGCCCAGGAGGAUCUCAACAUUAUUAUGCAAGAGAUUGAUUUACUGAAGAACUUGAAUCACAAAAACAUUGUGAAAUAUCUUGGAUCUUUAAAGACAAAGACUCACCUUCACAUAAUCCUUGAGUAUGUGGAGAAUGGCUCACUUGCAAACAUUAUCAAGCCAAAUAAAUUUGGACCUUUUCCAGAAUCACUGGUUGCUGUUUACAUUGCUCAGGUUUUGGAAGGCUUGGUUUAUCUACAUGAACAAGGUGUGAUCCAUAGGGAUAUCAAGGGUGCGAACAUAUUGACAACUAAGGAGGGUCUUGUGAAACUCGCUGAUUUUGGUGUUGCAACGAAACUGACAGAGGCUGAUGUUAAUACACAUUCAGUUGUUGGAACACCUUAUUGGAUGGCCCCCGAGGUGAUUGAGAUGUCGGGGGUCUGUGCUGCUUCUGACAUUUGGAGCGUUGGUUGCACUGUGAUUGAACUUCUUACAUGUGUGCCUCCUUAUUAUGAUCUACAGCCGAUGCCAGCUCUCUUUCGUAUUGUUCAGGAUGAGCAUCCUCCUAUACCUGACAGUCUAUCUCCUGACAUUACUGAUUUUCUGCGUCAAUGCUUUAAGAAGGAUGCUAGGCAAAGGCCUGAUGCAAAAACACUGCUUUCUCACCCUUGGAUACAAAAUUGUAGGCGUGCUUUGCAAUCUCCUCUCCGUCAUAGCGGAACAUUAAGAAAUAUACAGGAAGACGUUUCAAUGGAUGCAGAGAUCUCUCAUGGUGAUAAUCACAGCUCUGCUGAAGGCCUUUCUGCCGAUAAAGUGGAAGUAGCCGAUCCUGAAAUUAAAGUUGACUCCAGGAAAAGAGAGUCAUCAGCUGAGGUUUCAGAUAUGAGCACGUCUGACAGGGAUCAUGCUUCAGAUGCUAAUAUUAUUGAGGAAAGAGAGGCAAAUCUAGAAGAUUUAGAUCAAGUUCCUACCUUUUCCAUCCACAAUAAUUCAUCCGUUCCAACUGGUUCUGGCACACAAUCUUCAAAUUCUACCUCUGAGGCAACUGAGCUUCAUGAGGUACCACAUACUAGUGAGCAUAGUGAAGUGCUGAUGAAUGGUAACAUGGGAUCUCCUGAAUCAAGAAGGAAAAGUGUAGCUGAAAAACAUGGUGGAAAAGGAAGCUCUAUCCAUGUCGGGAAUAGAUCGUUUGGUUUUGGACAAAGAAGUCAAGAUAAUAGUUUUCAAAAGGCGGUGAAGAUGUCAGUCACUUCAGGGGAGAAUGAGCUAAGUAGAUUUAGUGACACUCCAGGAGAUGCGUCCUUGGAUGAUCUAUUUCAUCCAUUGGAUAAACACCUGGAGGAUCGGGCAGCUGAAGCUUCAACAUCAGCGUCAACAUCAUAUAUGUCCCAUGGCAAUUCAUCUGUAACUGAUGCUGGGAAAAAUGACCUGGCUACAAAGUUGAGGGCUACAAUUGCUCAAAAACAAAUGGAGAAUGAAAUGGGGCAGGCAAAUGGUGGUGGUGGUCUUUUGAAACUAAUGAUGGGUGUUCUAAAGGAUGAUGCUAUUGAUAUUGAUGGUCUGGUUUUUGAUGACAAAUUGGCCGGAGAAAAUCUGUUUCCCCUACAGGCUGUUGAGUUUAGCAAAGUAGUUGGGUCAUUGAGACCAGACGAAUCAGAAGAUGUGAUCGUGUCUGCCUGUCAGAAACUUAUUGGUAUCUUUCACCAACGCCCUGAACAGAAAAUUGUUUUUGUUACCCAGCAUGGUUUGCUCCCUCUAAUGGAUUUGCUAGAAGUUCCUAAAAUUCGUGUUAUAUGUGCUGUGCUUCAAAUUAUAAAUCAGAUAAUUAAAGAUAGCACUGAUUUCCAAGAAAAUGCCUGCCUUGUUGGAUUGAUUCCUCUGGUAAUGAACUUUGCCAUUGCUGAUCGUCCUCGGGAAGUUCGCAUGGAAGCAGCUUAUUUCUUGCAGCAGCUUUGUCAGUCAAGCUCCUUGACAUUGCAAAUGUUCAUAGCUUGCCGUGGAAUUCCUGUUUUGGUGGGAUUUCUAGAGGCUGAUUAUGCGAAGUACAGGGAAAUGGUUCAUCUAGCUAUUGACUGCAUGUGGCAGGUCUUUAAGCUUCAGCGAUCAACCCCUAGAAAUGAUUUCUGUCGCAUAGCUGCAAAGAAUGGGAUACUGCUUAGACUUAUCAACACCCUUUAUAACUUGAAUGAGGCAACUCGACUAGCUUCUACAUCUGUUGGGGGAGGAUUUCCAGUUGACGGUUUCACUCAACGACCAUCUUCUGGUCAAUUGGACACUAGCCAUCCAAUUUUCAUUCAGAGUGAAGCACCAAUUUCCACAGCAGAUCAGCAUGAUCUCCCCAAGGUUAAGCAUGGUACAAUAGAUCAGCACAUGUCAAUUGGAAUGCAAGAACCUUCACGUGCUUCAAUUUCUCAUUCGCAGAGGUCAGAUGCCAAUCAAUCAGAUGCUCGAUACUUCCCAAUAGAUCCUGAUAGGCCUCAGUCUAGCAAUUCAGCCAUGGAAUCUUCAGUUGCUUCUAAAUUGCCAGACCCAACAUCUUUAGAGAGAGUUUCAAAUCUAUCAGUUAAUAAAGAGCGAGACAACUUGGACCGGUGGAAGAUUGAUCCUUCUCGAACAGAUGUUGACCUGAGACAGCAGCGUGUUGCUAAUUCUGCGAAUAGGACAUCCACAGACCGGCCUUCGAAAUUAAUUGAAAGUGCAUCAAAUGGGUUUCCUACAACUGUGGCCUCUCAGCAAGAGCAAGUUCGUCCUCUUCUUAGCUUGUUGGAGUCUUCCCGACAUUCUUCUGGUCAGCUUGAGUAUGUGCGGCACCUCUCAGGGUUGGAGAAACAUGAGAGUGUACUUCCUCUAUUACAUGUAUCUAAUGAAAAGAAAACAAAUGGUGAACUAGAUUUCCUGAUGGCUGAAUUUGCAGAUGUUUCUCAACGUGGAAGAGAAAAUGGAAAUCUUGACUCUAGUGCUAGAAUUUCACAUAAAACAAGUAAGAAGGUUGGACCAAUAGCAUCUAAUGAGGGAGCUGCUUCAACAUCUGGGAUUGUAUCUCAGACAGCAUCUGGUGUGCUGUCUGGUUCAGGUGUCCUAAAUGCUAGACCAGGGAGUGCAACAUCCUCUGGGUUACUAUCCCACAUGGUUUCAACAUUGAAUGCAGAUGUUGCCAGGGAGUACCUCGAAAAGGUGGCAGAUCUUCUGCUUAAGUUCGCCCAAGCUGAUACAACUGUAAAGUCUUACAUGUGUAGCCAAAGUUUGCUAAGCCGUCUUUUCCAGAUGUUCAAUAGGGUAGAGCCUCCUAUUCUUUUAAAGAUACUGAAGUGUAUCAAUCAUUUGUCAACGGAUCCAAACUGCUUAGAAAAUCUUCAGCGGGCAGAUGCCAUUAAAUAUUUGAUUCCAAAUCUUGAACUCAAAGAGGGGUCUCUUGUAUCUCAAAUACAUCAUGAGGUUCUCAAUGCACUUUUUAAUCUAUGCAAAAUAAAUAAGAGGAGACAGGAACAAGCAGCCGAAAAUGGAAUUAUUCCACACUUGAUGCAAUUUAUCAUGUUGGAUUCUCUCUUGAAACAAUAUGCAUUGCCCCUACUGUGUGAUAUGGCUCAUGCAUCUCGUAACUCAAGGGAGCAAUUAAGGGCUCAUGGUGGGUUGGAUGUGUACUUGAGCCUUCUUGAGGAUGAAUUUUGGUCUGUGACUGCAUUGGAUUCUAUUGCCGUUUGCUUAGCUCAUGACAAUGACAACCAGAAAGUGGAGCAGUCAUUGCUGAAAAAAGAUGCAGUCCAGAAAUUGGUCAAGUUCUUCCAAUGCUGUCCAGAACAACAUUUUGUACACAUAUUGGAGCCAUUCUUGAAAAUUAUCACGAAAUCAUCUCGAAUCAAUACGACAUUGGCUGUUACUGGUUUGACACCAUUGCUCAUUGCAAGGCUGGACCAUCAAGAUGCUAUAGCUCGCCUUAAUCUGCUUAAGCUGAUAAAGGCUGUUUAUGAGCACCACCCGCGGCCGAAGCAACUGAUUGUGGAGAAUGAUUUGCCUCAGAAGCUUCAGAAUUUAAUAGAGGAACGUAGAGAUGGGCAACGCUCUGGGGGCCAAGUGUUGGUGAAGCAAAUGGCUACUUCACUGCUAAAAGCACUUCAUAUAAACACCGUUUUGUAAAUUUAGGUUCUUCAAUUUUCCCCCGUGUGUAAUGUUUCUUUCAUAUCUGUUUGGCUUUUUCACCUUCCUCCAAUGAUGUGGGACUCCCUCUAUCUGGGAUACGU